AGAAAUUAAAAAUAAAACAAUACAGACGUAAGCAAUACGUAAACUUCAAUAGACCAAAGAAGACGCCAUUACAGCUUCGACUCUCUUCAUCAAUUCGAUCAAUUACUAUCUCCUCUUCAAUUUUCUUUGGCUUUUAAUCUCCAAAUCUUAUUAAAUCUUCCCUCUUUCUUUUGUUUUAUGCCGAAAUUUCGCUUCUUUCCUUGCACGAUAUGGAGGGUAACUCUGUGAAUAUCAAACCUCAAAUUGAAGUUGAAGGAAUUGGGAUUUUGGAGUCUAGGGUUUCCAAUUCUCUAUCGGGUAAUGCAGGGCUUGAAAGUUCUACAGAAUAUUAUAAUUCUGCACCCACUGUAGGACUUGGGACCCAAAGAAUAUGUGAAUCUGGAGAAAAAGAAACUAGUAAUGUUGAGAAGAAAGGAACAAGAACUAGUGAGCAAAAGCUAGGGAAAUACUUCUUUUAUGACUCACCACUUUCUGAAGAAACUGGAGUUUGGAUACCUGUUUCUGUUCCCCCCAUGUCAGAAAGUGAUCAUGAAGAGUGGAGUAGAGGCUUUCACUCAAAUGGUGGUUAUUUUCCUGAGGGUGACUUGGGUUGGAAUCAGUACAUUGGAGAAGAGGAGAAGGAUUUGACCAUGUGGGAUGUUAUAGUUGAAAUGUUACUUGCAGCUCGUGGAAAAGUCAGCUCUAUUGCUUCAGGUGAUAUUCAUAGUAAUUUCUCAUGGGUAUCAAGCCAUCUACUAGAGCAAGCGUGGCAAGAGAUGGCUCAAACUCUCACAGAAGCCAAUUUUGGUAACGUGAAGGAAAUUAUUGAAGCAGAGCCACCAAAAUGGUUAGCUGAUAGUGCUGCCUCUGCUUGCAUGCUUUGUGGCGUGCGGUUCCAUCCAAUCAUGUGCUCUAGGCAUCACUGCAGAUUUUGCGGUGGAAUAUUUUGCGGUGAAUGCUCCAAGGGAAGAAGUUUGCUGCCAGUAAAGUUUCGUGUUUCAGAUCCUCAACGGGUCUGUGAUGUAUGCUUUGUGCGGCUGGAGACUGUCCAGCCAUACCUGAUGGACCAAGUAAGCCAUGCUGCCCAGUUAGCAACCCAUGACUUGACAGACCUUAGUACUUUGAGAUCCUGGGUUAAUUUUCCAUGGGGACAAUCUAUGGAAUAUGAGAUUUAUAAGGCAACAAACACAAUUCAGGGAUAUAACAAGGGAGUUUGUCUAAAACCUGAGAAAUCAAUUCCAGAUGCCAUUCUCCGACAAGCGAAAGGCCUUGCAAUAAUCACAAUUGUUAAAGUAGGGGUUAUGGUUACAUAUAAUAUUGGAACUGGGCUUGUAAUUGCUCGCAGAGAAGAUGGCUCAUGGUCUCCACCUUCUGCCAUAUCUUCUUUCGGAAUGGGAUGGGGUGCUCAGGCUGGAGGUGAAUUGACAGAUUUCAUAAUUGUAUUGAGAACAAAUGAUGCUGUCAAGACAUUCUGUGGCAAUGCACACCUCUCUCUUGGAGCUGGUUUGAGUGCAGCAGUUGGUGUCUUUGGACGGGCAGUUGAAGCUGAUCUGAGAGCUGGUGAUGGUGGUUAUGCUGCUUGUUAUACAUACAGCUGCAGUAAAGGAGCAUUUGUUGGAUGUUCUCUUGAAGGAAGUAUGGUGGCCACUCGCUCAAAAGAGAAUUCCAGAUUCUAUGGGAGCCAGUCAUUAAGGGCAUCAGACAUACUUCUUGGCUCAUUACCGAGGCCACCUGCUGCAGCAAUUCUUUAUCGCGCACUUGCAGACCUAUAUCAGAAGUUCGAGAGUUGAUUCAUUCUGGUUCAUAGACAAGUAUCUUAGUGCCAGUACUAAGACAACCAAAUCUCCCGCCGGAUAAUUAUUUGUGCGAAAUUGUGUGUGUAAGAUUUUUCUUCGCUCCAUUCAUUGCUCAAGUUAAGACGUUGUACAGGAUGUUCACAUUGAUUGGUAUCUGCCCCAGUUUCUUUUUCUCCGGAAGGGAGAAAUGAGGGGUGUGCACAUGAAGAUAUAUUGUGGUUGUAUAUAAGAUAGCUAAGCUAUAAUGUUGAACAUUCUUUAAAGUAUUUAAUGUAUAUUCUUCACUAAUAAAAAAUAAAGGUCCUCUUGAAAUGGUUGCUCUCCA